AUGCGGUGUGUACAUAAAAGAUAAAAAGCGUGGUCGUAGAUGUUUUUCGUUUAUAAAGAUUUCGAGUUUUAUUGGGAAAAUGCCUUCCAAUAAAAGAAUCGCUUUCUGUUUGUCCGAAAAAAAAUUCCACAAGUUAAAUUGGCAAGAACUAGAGACUGUCUGUAAAAAUUAUGGCUUUGAAGUGUUCAAAUUGAAUCUAAAUGAAAGUUUGGAAUCUCAAGGACCAUUUUGCGUGCUUGUCCACAAAAUGACCGAUAUAAUUGCUUCAGCAAAUUUGGGUGAUAUUAGGUGUGGUAAGAUAAUUCAGGAAGUCGAGAGAUAUAUAUCCCAAAAUCCAUCUCUCGUUGUGAUAGAUCCGCUACCGAAUGUAAGGAAAUUGAUAGAUAGGUGUAGUUGUUACAGUAUUAUUCAUUCCACUAAUUUAUCUGCGCAUAACGUUUUUACACCAAAUUUUUGUACAUUUAGAAGCAGUGAUAGAGAUUCCCUAAAGCAACAAAUUAAAAUGGCCAAAGUCACAUAUCCGUUUAUAUGCAAACCGUCUUUGGGUCACGGAUCGAAGGCGCACGAAAUGUCUAUAAUAUUCAACGAGAAAUCUUUAUCUGAUAUACAAACACCUUGCGUAGCACAAAGUUUUAUACAACAUGAUGCUGUUUUAUUUAAAAUAUUUGUAGCGGGAGAGAAACAUUGUUAUGUGGAAAGGCCUUCGUUGAAAAAUUUCCAGGCUUCUGAUAGAGACACGAUUUACUUCGUUAGUGGCGAUGUCUCAAAGUCUGAUUCGAAAAGUCGCCUUUGCGUUCUAGAUCCUGAAGAUACGUUAAUAGAAAAGCCGAAACUUGAUGACAAAGUGAUCGAGAUUAUAGCUAAUACAUUAAGGAAGGCCUUCGGUAUGGAUCUCUUGGGGAUAGAUGUAGUUAUUGAUAAGUCUACCGGAAAGUACGCUAUUAUUGAUGUAAACGCAUAUCCAGGUUACGAUGGCUUUCCGAAUUUCUUUGAAUCUCUACUCGAAUGCAUCUCCAAAAGGAUCUCCUCGGAUUUUACAUAGGGCUUUAAACUUACUUCAUACAUUUUUCUACGGUUUAACUAACGAUAAUAUGCAAAAAUAACUUAUUGAAAAGUAAAAAAAAACUGCCAAAAAUUCAUAACAUUGCUCAAAGCAAAUAUGUUGUAAUAUAGUAUUAAUUUUUUAUAGCCUGUUUAUAUUUAUAUUAUUAAAGCUUGGAAAAUGCAG